AUGCAUUUGUUUCAGGCAACGGUAUCUUCACAAGGCGUUUUGAGAAUUUAUGAAGCGCCAGAUAUCAUGAAUAUAUCGAUGUGGAGCCUUACUCAAGAUAUAGUCGUCUUUCGUGGUCGUUGCAGUUGCCUGACGUGGAGUACUCAACGCCUAACGAAACCGCUUAUUGCGGUGGGUUCGGAUGAUACACACAGUGCUGCAAAACGAGUUGCUGUGAAAUGGCAGCUGUUGGAAUUGCCAGCUUUGAAAGUUACUGACCCAGUAACAGAUAUUGCAUUUGCGCCAUCAGCGGGACGAAGCUAUCAUCUGCUGGCUGUUGGCUCAAAAGAUAUUUGCAUUUUCAAAAUGAGUGACAAAGACAAGCAUACUGAUAUGGAUGGUGACUUCCUGGAGCGCACUGCUCCCACAAAUUAUGAAGUGACACAAGUGGAUGUGCUAGAAAAUCCGUUGCAUGCGCCCAUUCAGAUGUGGCGCUUAUCAUGGAACAUAACUGGAACAAUAUUGACUGGAGCAAGUUCAGAUGGAUAUGUGCGACUGUGGAAAGGCAAUAUCUGGAGCCCUAUGGCGACAAUCAGAUCAACAGACGAUUACAAGGGGUCGACUGAUGAUCCGCAGACGGUCACUUCAAUAUGUUCAUUGACUAAGGAGAGUCACAUUUACUAUUGA